AUGGCUGUGGCAAACUUUUUCAACCAGUGCCGGGCGUCAAACAGCCAGAAAGUGAACCACAUCCUGAUUUCCACCAUCAUUGAUGACACCAAUAUGAGGCUUUCGACUACUUUGCCUGAAAACAAGGAAUGGAAGAGUAGCAGAGUUGUCUCCGUAAUGAACACCAUACAAACUCUGACCGUUAGCUACGGAAAGCUUGAGGGUGGAGAGUGCCAGUGCCACAGGAGCUUCUCAGUCCACACACCGAUGGUAUGCUUGCCGAAGGCGGAUCAAGAUAGUAUCGGCUCGGAGCUUCUGAGCAGACUGUUUCUUUUCUUGGGCAAAGUGACGAGAAGGUUUGUGGAGUUCGAUGUCCCAGAAGAUCUGGCAGCAGGUGUUCUCAUACAAGCACUUGGCAUUUGCUUUGACUCGCUUGUUACGAAUUUGGCAGUCUUGAAAAAGAUUCGCCUGGCAGUUGCUGCAAAGCAUGCCUGCUCAAGUGCGGGGCAACAACAGGUACACCGCACGCUACACCCUAUGUUGUCAGUGUGCUGCCUGAUUCAUCAAUUAGCGCUGUCACGAAAGCCGCUGUUGACCGGCUUCAGCGGAUACUUCAGUUCUGUUGUGCGGCUGGGACACCUUUUUGAGGUGCAUAGUUUUCGCACCCAAUUUAGGAAAGCAUUGCUCAGUGUGGUCUAUCAGAGCUACCGCUACAUCCCUGUCGUCGAGAUGCCGCCAGACACCCGACAGUGGAGAGACGCUCGCAAUCAGAUUUGCGGGCUGGUAGCUCACAACUCCAGCAGAUAUAACAAGAGGCGACUGGAUUUGCAUGUUCAGCUCAUGAAAUAUGACAACGGUUGUCCCGAAUCUGAUGAAAUUGUUCACUAUUGUGUCGGCUCUUGCUGUGAUGGCCACAGUCACAGUGACAAAUCCAAGUUUGCUGCAACCCAGAUUUGCAAGUAUUUCGGCCUACUGUUUUCUUUUGGCUUCCCGGUGCCGUUGAUGUACCGCUGGGUCCAUGCCAGUCGAGAAGGCUGCCGCCUGCACAAUCUGUUGACACGGACGAUGGCAUAUCUUUCCGAUGGCCCUCAAGAACAAGAUCCAUCAUUGGAUGAUUUGUUCCAGGCAGUUGGGUUCUGCCCAAAUGCCGGCGAUGAGUGGUCUCACGAGGCUGGGAAUGACGGGCAGACUUGGCAAGCCAUCCUCAUGGAGGUGCUCGAUACGCAGGGGCUUUCAGCUGCUGAAAUCAACCGCAAGCGGAAAAGGCUGACCUUUCAAGCUUUCAGGGACCCAACCAUGAUUUCCAAAACCGUGGCUCUGGAGUCUUUGGUUUCGCCAAAUGUGGGCAAAAUGCACAAAUUCUUUCAGAGAAGCGCAGCAAUUGCAGAGCUCUUGCGCUUGCCUUCGACUGAAACAACAAAGAUGGAGAUUGACUGCCUCAAACGAAAGUACCUGGACUGGAACUAUGGUUGGACUUGGGCCUGGACAAACUUGACUGAACAGUUGAUUGUGGAUUUCCAAAGUUUGGAUUUGAAGCUCUGUGAUGAGUCGCAAUCUAUUUUCUUGAGCUUUGCUUCAGGCCAACUUGGACGAGACUUGGUGGAGGAUUACGUUCAGCAGCUCCAAGCCUUUCCCACACUUCACAUCCAUGAAGUGUCGAAGGAGUUCUUCCGCAUGUCUUUACAGGCCAUGGCAGACAACUGGCGAAGACUUGUCCUCCCAACGGAGACAUUUCCCUUCUUACUGUUCAGAUUGCUUGACUAUGACGACAACUGUCGCUUUUUUCAAGAGCUGGCCAACCUGAAGAAAAAGCAGGACAAGUGUCAGAGAUGCGUGGAUGUGGAAUUUUCUUCCGUUGUUUUCCAAUUCAUUGACUUUGAACGCCCAUGCGAUGAUCCUGACACCAUUGCAAAAGUAUCUCAGAUCCGGCAUUUCCUGCGAGAUGUCUGCAUUUACAGCCCGAUCACCUCUGACUUGGUCGAAUGCCUCCACGGAUACAGUCAACAUUUGCUUCAUCGAUGGAGGGGCGUUAAGCCAAGUGAUGCAGUCUCUCAGCAACGGGUUUUGUGGACUCAGAUUUGUCGAGGCUUUGGCAAGUUCAAGGAAUGGAUGUGGGAUCGCUUCGGAGACAAGAACUCCUCCCACCGCUGGUUCAAGUAUGGGUUGGUAUGCCACAAUCAAUACACAUCCAAUGUCAACAAGGUGAAGGCAGUUGCCAGGAACAAGGCCAACUCCUUGUCCUUUGAGCAGAUGGAUCAUCUUCUGGCUUCUGGGGGCUCGUUGCCUCCUCCACGAAAGGUUUGCGGAUGGAACAUCUUCCAGAGGGAGCAAAUGGCUGGUUCACAGUUGGAUCCUGCUGCUUGGAAAUGCAAACUUCAUGAAUGCAGUCAGAAGUGGGCAUCUCUGGGCCCGCUCGAGCGGGAUCGAUAUGCUGCAUCUGCAUUGGCUGAACAAGCUUUGAAGGAAGAUGCAGCCCAUGAUGUUUUUCCAUCCAAACAUGCGCUGUCCAUGAAAGAUGGCGAUGGUCAGCGCAGAGAUGCUGCUGUUGACCAACUCCCACGCAAUGCCGCCUGCUCUAUCUCGAAGCAUCGGUUUUUGGCUACCUAUGCCAAUUUCAAGUCAAGAGAGGAGUGGGUCCAGCUGGAUGGGGGCCUUUGUUCACCAGAUGGAGCUCUUGAUUUGGACAAGAUUGACCUGGACGCCACUGACGAGGCUGUAGAUGAGAUUUGGGGCAAAUUUGCUGAACCGGUGCGAGGCUUACAUGAGGAUUGGAACCAACAUCAGGAUGCAGCCGUCCAUCACACUGUGUGCCUCUCUGAGCAGGGCUUCUGCGUCUCAUCCCUCUCUGCUGAGAAGAUGGCGAAGGUGACGAAAUUUGUCCAGAGCAUGGGCACACUUAUGCCUGGCUCUCUCAUUCAGCUUCAAAGCGCCGCAGGGCUCGACACCGAGAUGUUCUAUUUUUUGGGGGUGCUGAUGAAAAAGCCACGGAUGCACGUUCUCAUCAAAGGGUUCUAUUCUCCUUUAGCGGAUGGCACUUCAAGAGUCGGUAUCCUGGAGCCUUCUUCUGGCAAAUGCAUUUUUUUCACCAGCAGCCAAGUCUUUGCGAGUCUUUUGAACAUGCCGGGGUCCUUUCCGAGUUCUGAGUCGAUACCUUUUGUGGUUCAUACUUAUGCAGUGCCAUCCUUUGAACCUUUGCUGGGGGUUCGGUUGACAACAGCCUCAGAAAGGAAGCAUUUUUCGACUUCCAAGAUGCCGACAAAAGCUUCAAAGGCCAAAGCAGCAAAGCCAGUCCGACUGCCACUGGGAUUGACAGAAUCUCCGCGUAAGAGAAAACGGGGAAAACCCAUGGCGGGUCAGGGUUCUACGGUCAAGAAAGCUAGGGCAACAACAACAACAAAAGGGUCUAGUGGCCGUGACAACAGCAGCAUAGGCGUCGUUCGCGAGAUUGACCCAGACAUUGCAGCUUUGCUUGCAGGCCAAAACCAAGAACCUUCCAGCGAGGAAGAUUCCGACUUGGAUUCCACUGAUUCUGAUAAUCACUCUGAUAGUGACUCAAGUGACUCGAGUGACUCAAGUGCAGAUUUGGCAGGUGAUGACUUGGCUGAGCAACCAUUUCUCACGCCAGAGGCAGCUGAGGAAGAAAGGCAAAUUAGCCUUGUGACUCAGAGCCAUUGCCAACUCAUGGAGCUUCGGGGCGAACCUGUUCACCUGCAGGCUUCAGUUCCAGACAACUCAGGGUUGGAUGAGGUCAAGGCAUUGGCCAAAGCUGGCAAGACAUUCUGCAACCAGGUUGUCGGACUUGUGGAACUAGGUGUUCAAGCCAACAAUAGAUUGGCAACAUGUCGCCAUUGCAACACCAAGAUUGCCCGCGGUGGAGUCCGAUUUGGAUAUUCUUACAAUGUCCGGAAGUUUCAUGCAUGGGUGCAUGCAGGUUGCAUUGUGUCAUAUCUUUCGGAACAAAAGGCAAACAUCCAGCAAGCAUUUGAAUUUCUUGAGGACAUGGAAACCAAAGAUUACCCUGCGAAUGUCAAAACUGAGAUUUGCAAUGUGAAAAGGGGGUUGAAGUCGCUUGCUGGAUGA